UUGAAAUUUUCUUCUUGAAGGUUUUGCAUAUUUUCUGAAAUUUGUGGAUUUUUUUGCUGAAUUUUGGGAUUUUUUCAGACAAGGAAACAAUAUGUUUUGGUGCCCGUAAAUGAGGACAACUGGAGGGUUAAAUCUGGUUUUAUCAGAUCCUAGAGACAAGUUUUUACUUUUACACAGAUAUUAAUUAUUUAUUACUACAUCACUGUUUACAAAAUGAUCACAAAGUGGAGCAAAAACCCCACAAAAACACAAAAUGACCAGAAACAGACAAAAGAACACCUGCGACACAUAACAAAAGUGUAUUAUGAUUAUUAUUAUAUUGUGUAUUAUAUGUAUUGGGUUGUGUUUCUUGUCAUUUUCGAACUAAACAUUCAGAGUUUGAUGUUAGAAGUAUUUUCUUCUUGUUUUUAACCAAGAAUGACAGAAUAAAGUGAAUCUUUGUGGGGUUUUUUUUAGUGUUGGUUUAAUAAAACAAAUCGUCUGAAUUUAUUUUCACUUGUUUAUAUUUUAAAGACCACACUAAUAAUUAAUGAACAGAGAAGAUGAUUGAAAAAGAAAGUAAAUAUAUGUAUAUGUUUUAAAAUAUUUGAUUUAAACAACCAGAGAGAAAAUGACUGAACCCUAUAAUAAUGGUGACCUCCUCCGGUUGCCAUGGUAACAGCUUUAAGGGGGCUUUCCUCUUUGUUUUUGUUUAUUUAUUGACUGUAUUUUCGUGCAUCGGUGUGUGAACCGUGGAGUCGCUCCUGUCACUUGAGACGAUCUUUGUCAAACUGAGAGUGACGUGUCGAUGUGACCGCCGUGAUGCAUUCAAGGUCUCGGAGAUCUAAAAGUGAGGCUUUGACGUGGAUCAUUUCCAUGAGAAACAGAGAAACUUGCAAAUAAAAACACAGAGAUGAACUCAGAACGAUCAGCUUCAGUCAAACUGCAGCAAACGGAGCUGAAAUUAGAGAGACAAAUCCAGAGUUUCCUGUAAAACAGCUGAAAAGAAAAGCCACUUCCGGGAGAAGACAAAAGGCAGCUUUCAAAUUAAAUCUAAUAAAUAUAUUCACCCAAAAGUGCUGAAUGCAGAGCAGAACGUACAAAUAUGCUUCCACUGUCAGAGCUGCAGAGAACAAAAUCUGGUUUUGUUAAAUAUUAACUCUGAACUGUGCAGUAAAAAUAGACAAACAAAAAUAGGACAGACGUGAUUUUAAAGAUCAGUUUUUAUCAGAUCCCAUAACCUUCUUUUAUUUUCCACUCAGUCCGUGAACGCCUCAAGGAUCUCUGCCGCCCCCUGCAGGUCCACAGGGGAAGUAACGGACUAGAUUUACUCAAGUAACGAACUCAGAGCUGCUUUACCAGAGUAUUUUCAGACAUAAACCCGGCAGCUUCCGGUUAGAAACUAAAUAAAACGAAUGAUUUGGUUUUUAAAUUCACACAUUUGACAUUUUGCUGCUUGGAAAAGUAACUGAGUACAUUUAUUCCGUUACUUUAAAACGUCAUUAAUUCACCAGUUUUCACAAAUAUUUUUCUCUCAUCUUUUAUAUUCAACUCUUCUGGCCGCUGCGAGCUUCCGUACGGAUGUCCUGUUUGCUUCUGCGGACGUUGAGCGUCCCGUUGCCAUAGCAACCGGGUCAACUCGACACCGGAGGACCUAGAAACGGAAGCUGCUUCAUCGUCUUCAUCGUCCCCAUUGUCUUCAUCAUGUCGUCGCCCCGACUCGGUGUCGUCAGAGAAUCCAUGUUGACCAACCCGCUGCACAUCAAGGCUCCUCUGGGUCAGAGUAGGUCCAGGGGUCUGAGUGUUCCUGGUCCAGACUUUACUUUUGGAACCAGCAGCAGCUCACUCAAAGAUGGAGGCGUGGCCGAAGUUCUGUCCAGCUGGAAGGUUCCGUCCAGACCAGAGGGUUCUGUCCUGCGUCUGGACUUCGUGUCUCUGAACCGGGACGCCGUCCGGUCCGGUCUGGUCACCUCCAAAGAGAUCAGUCAGUACCGGGCUCAGAGGGGCGGAGCCUCCACACAGAGCCCCGCCCCCAGACGCAGUGAGGGCGGGGCCUCGCGCCGUCCAGCACCGGUACCGGACAUGACGUAUGGAGUCCGAAACAGGCCGUCCUCUCCGCUGUCAGAUCUUCUGUCUCAUCAAUAUGGACGCAGCUGGUUGGACGAGCAGCUGAGCAGGAACCAGAACAGCAUCACACACCAGGUUAAACCAGGAGGAGCUGCAGAAACCAGAACCAGCCUGCUGAGGAGGAGCCAAGCUCUACCUGUCACACACUCACCUGUACAGCUGUCUCAGUUCACACAGGUGUCUCCAGCUCUGGACACCUUCAGGGACCCGGCUGCUCGUGGUUGGGCCUUCAGGCUCAGCGGGGGAACCGGACAUCUCGCAGAACGUCAGAGGACAGACCAGACGGAACCGAGGACAGGAGAACCUCUGAGCACAAAUAAAGAGUGAUACCAUCUA